AAUGUGUGUGUUUUGGCCAUGACGCACGACCCAGUGAGUCAAUAUCAGACUUUCCCCGAGUCUGCUGACUUUGGGUAACACCAUAGAAAUCUAUUGAGCAAAGGUUAAAGCUGCAGGAAAGGAAACAAUGUUGAGGGCCGGCCCACCUCCAGGCUGCGUAUACACUCUGCAUUCUGUCUGUCUCUUCCUGGAUCACAACUCCGUGUGCGAUAAGUCCUGAAGAUGAGCUACCCUGGAUACCCUCCUCAACAGCCUGGGGGCUACCCACCACAACAAGGGGGGUAUCCACCUCAAGCUGGUACCUACCCUCCUAAUGCAGCAGGCUACCCUCCUAAUACAGGAGGCUACCCCCCACAGGGAAGUGGAUACCCACCCCAGGCUGGGGGUUACCUUCCCCCAGCAGGCGGUUAUUCUCCAGCACAGGGGGGCUACCCUCCCCAGCCUAGUGGUUACCCUUCCCAAGUGCCAGGCUAUGCCCCUCAGCCUGGAGGCUACCCAGCCCAGUCUGGAGUAGGAGGAUACCCCUCCAUGCCUGCUGCAGGAGGAGGCUGGGGUGGAGCACCGGCUGGCUUUGGAAUGCCAGGAGGGGCUCCGCAGGGGUACCCAGGGGGACCUGCCCCGGGUCAAUCCAUGCCAAAUUACCCCGCUGCCCCAGCAACUAACCCAUCCACGCCUGGAUAUGGAAGUGGUGUCCCUUCCACCCCGCAGGCACCUGCCAUUUCAAAAGGAUACAGGGGUUCUAUUAAAGACUAUCCCGGGGCUGAUCCACUGAGGGAUGUGGAAGUUCUUCGAAAAGCUAUGAAGGGUUUUGGCACUGACGAGGGCGCUAUCAUUGAACUUCUUGGAAGUCGCACCAACAAGCAGAGGGUUCCGAUGGUAGCUGCCUACAAAACUACUUAUGGGAAGGAUUUAAUCCAUGAUCUGAAGUCUGAGCUCACUGGAAACUUUGAGAAACUGGUUCUUGCCAUGCUGAUGACGCCUGCGCAGUUUGAUGCAUUUGAACUCAGAGAGGCUAUAAAGGGUGCAGGAACCGAUGAGGCAUGCCUGAUUGAGAUCCUGGCGUCUCGUUCCAAUGCAGAGAUCCGCGAAAUCAAUCAUGUCUACAAAUCUGAGUAUGGAAAGAGUCUGGAGGACGCCAUCAGCAGCGACACCUCGGGACACUUCCGUAGACUCCUGAUCUCUCUCAGUCAGGGAAAUCGUGAUGAGAAGGAAACUGUUGACAUCUCCCUGGCCAAACAGGACGCGCAGAAACUGUAUGCUGCUGGCGAAAACAAAGUGGGAACUGACGAGUCUCAGUUUAAUGCCAUCCUGUGUGCUCGCAGCAAGCCUCACCUCCGAGCAGUCUUCCAGGAGUACCAGCAGAUGUGUGGCAGAGACAUUGAGAAGAGUAUCUGCAGGGAAAUGUCUGGACAUGUGGAGGAUGGCAUGGUGGCUGUGGUGAAAUGCAUCAAGCACUCCCCUGCCUACUUUGCAGAGAGGCUCCACAAGGCCAUGAAGGGAGCGGGGACCAAGGACAGAACCCUCAUCCGCAUCAUGGUGUCCCGCUCUGAGGUAGACAUGCUGGACAUCAGACAAGAGUAUGUGAAGACCUAUGGCAAGUCGCUGUACACCGACAUCUCAAGUGACACCUCUGGGGAUUACAAGAAGCUUCUGCUGAAGCUGUGUGGAGGAAGUGACUAGAAGGACAGGACGUUUCCUCUCUCAGCAGGACAGUAUAGUCGUCCAUAUUGUCACAGGAGCUUAUACCAGCCUCUGAUGCAUGCAGUUAAUAUUAUUUUUCUGCAGACAACAGCCAGUCAGUACUAACCUGUUGUUGUUUUUUUUUAAACUAUAUUCAAAGAUGUUUGAAUAGGAACUAUAUAGAUAUAUAUAUCAAGAUUUUUAAAGACUGUCAGAUAACUUUUAACCAUUAGCUGAUAGUUGACAGCCUAGUGUAACAAGUGAGUCCCUGAAAAUUGCCCUGGCACGCAUCUUUUCAUAGACCUGACUAGCCACAACUGAGUCAUCCAUCCAUGUCCACUCGCACGGCCACUUGCAUAGUCAAGAUACUGUGAUUACCAGACAGUAAAAUUUAUUUAACAUGUCCAGCAGCGUUCUAGCCUGUCAGUCUACCUCCAUUUGUUUUUACAACUGAAGAAUUUCUUUCUCGUUGGAGGAUCAGUGCCACAUCACAAAUUAAGAAAAAGUAAAGAGAAUUUGCACUGAAGAGGCUCUUAAGAGAGUUGUUUUUUUUUUUGUUUUUUUUUUGGGUACUAGAAACAUUUAAGCACAUUUCCAUUUCUGUUUCGAUAUGUUUGAGGGCCUUUCUGCCUUUUUGCCAAGCAUUUCAACCUGGAACACAUGUCAGUCACUUGACGGCUGACCCCCAAACAUUGAGAAUGUAAAGAAAUCUGCAAGAGGUUUGAAUAAUGCAGAGUCCUCUGAAUCAAAUAUCACAAUGGAUAUCACAGCCGAAAUGCAAAGUAAAUACAUAUGGCCAUUUAAUGAUGCUGUUGCUAGUUGUCACAGUAAAUGUCUAUGAAUUUCAGCCAUAAGAAAUAAAGCUAUUGCUUUACAAAAGUUAUCUACUCUGUCUUUAAGGUGUCCCAUGCCAGAGUUAUUAUCCUGCCUGUUAGUCUAUGCAAGUUAACCCUUACCUUUGAACAUCUCCAGCUACACACCACUGCUUAUAAUAUGCAAGUAUUAUAUGUUGUUGAACAGCUAUAUACACAAUGUUGCCUUUUAAUCAAUGCUGAAAAUCCAAAGCCUGUAAGCAGAUAACAACAUAUGUCAUGGCUGCUAUGUAAACCGGUCAGAAUGGUUGUAUGAAAGUUCACCAGCUCUGUUAUUUUGCAAGCAGUCCUUAGCUAUACUUGAAUCACUGCAGAAAUGUAAUCAUUAUAUUUUCUCUCAGUAUCGUCUUCAUAUCAGUUGAGUAUUUGCUACUGGCUUAUAUAUCUUGUUGCCAGUAGAGGGCUCUUGGUUCACAUGAAGUGUCAUUUUUCUUAUGUGUGUGAUUGCUCUUUGACUGCUAACUGGAGUUUUGAUAUAGAGCUGAAUAGCUGUUGUACUAACUCUAUUUUGCCAUUGUCCUUGCAUUAUGAUAAUGGUUCAGUCAUUGAAUUUCAAUGACCGCCUUUGUCAUUACCUAACAUUUUGCCAUUUGAUAGUUGUGAUGCCUCCUGAGACGUAUAUAAAGCCGCCAGACAUUUCAAUAAAAAACAUUUUGACAUCAGGA